CCAUGCUCGCCAAUGCACUGCACAGGAGCCCCUGACAGUGCCCGUGCCUGCUGCUUGGCGUCUCUGUCGCUCCGCUGGAUGUUUGCGCAGAGGACACCUGCCUCCGCCGCUGACUACACCGAUCCCCGCGGCAAAACCCACCUCGUUUCCACCUCCUAACUUUUGCAGCGUGUGACGUUUUUUUUUUUUUUUUUUGUCGUUGUCGCGGGCACCUGUUCCAAGACUAUGUUUCUAUCGGAUGAAAAAACCCUGUAGAGCCCGGGCGUUUGACUUCCAACUUGGCACUUGGAUGGAUAUUUGUGACAGGUCUGGAAAGUUGCCCUGCGUCAUGGAGCAUGGGCGCAAACUUUAAGAGCUUUUUUUUUAUAAUAGGGAGACAGUUAGAUUAGAAUGAAGGCAGGUGAGUCACCCCUCGCGUGAGAGGCAGAGCUCCGGGGCUCUCCAGGUACUGGGAACCGAAAGGCGACACGGACGAAGUCGUGAUCUGUGCGGCGGAUUGCGCCACGGAGGACGGAGGGAACGGACCGAUGAGACAACAUGGGUCCAAUCCUGUGUGAUGGACGACUGACACACCUACUCUUCCCGCUCCUCCUCCUCUUGCGGGCUCCCCUGCUGUUCAGCUUUAAUGAACGCACCUGUCCCAAUAGCUGCCGAUGUGAGGGGAAGACAGUCCAUUGCGAUUCAGCUGGCUUCUUAGAUGUCCCAGAAAACAUUUCUGUAGGCUGCCAAGGCCUCUCCCUGCGCUACAAUGAACUGCACACCCUGCUGCCAUAUCAAUUUGCUCACCUCAGCCAGCUUCUUUGGAUAUACUUGGACCAUAAUCAGAUUUCAGCUGUCGACAGUCGAGCAUUCCAGGGGGUCCGCAGGCUUAAAGAGCUGAUACUAAGCUCCAACAGGAUCACGUCCCUGCACAAUUCAACAUUCCAUGGAAUUCCCAAUCUUCGCAGCCUGGACUUGUCCUACAACAAAUUGGAAAUCCUGCAGCCUGGUCAAUUUCAUGGCUUACGGAAACUGCAAAACCUACACCUACGCUCAAAUGGUCUCUCCAACAUCCCAAUUCGAGCAUUCCUGGAGUGCCGAAGUUUGGAGUUUCUGGAUUUGGGCUACAAUCGAAUCAAGGCUCUUACCCGUACGACCUUUUUGGGGCUACAGAAGCUGAUGGAGUUGCAUCUGGAGCACAACCAGUUCUCACGGAUCAACUUUUUUCUGUUUCCACGCUUAGCCAACUUGAGAUCACUCUAUCUGCAGUGGAACCGCAUUAAGGUGGUCAACCAGGGCCUUCCUUGGACUUGGUAUACACUGCAGAAACUUGAUCUGUCUGGAAAUGAAAUCCAGACCCUGGACCCGGCUGUGUUCCACUGCUUACCCAACCUUCAAGUCCUCAACCUGGAAUCCAACAAAUUGUCCAAUGUGUCUCAAGAGGCGGUGUCAGCAUGGAUCUCAUUGACCUCCAUCAGCCUCGCUGGGAACAUGUGGGAUUGUGGAACUGGCAUAUGCCCACUUGUGGCUUGGUUGAGGAAUUUUCGGGGAAGUAAAGACACCACUAUGAUAUGCAGCAGCCCAAAGUAUCUCCAGGGAGAAAAAAUUAUGGAAGCCACGAGGAACCAUGGUAUUUGUGAGGAAACUGAUUACGUUCUGACUGAAACACCCUCACCAAUGUCAGAGCUCAUUUCUGAAGCUACCGGGGAACUAACCUUUGCCCCUACUAGCGGCUCUCCACCUAUGCCACCAGCCAGCACCUUUGGUCCUGUCCCACCAUUUAAACCUCGACCGAUUCCUCAUCCUACCUUUCCAGGGCAAAUGAGCAAAGACCCAAGAGACUCAGUUGCUAGCACUCGACCCACUCUCAUACCACCCCCAGAGUUGGAACACAUGACUCUGCACAAAGUAGUGGUAGGCAGCGUGGCACUCUUCUUCACCAUGUCCCUAAUCUUGACAAUUAUCUAUGUGUUGUGGCGGCGCUAUCCAGGUGCAACCAGGUUGCUGCAGCAGCGAUCCAUGGUGGGGCGGAGGCGUCGCACAAAGAGUCCGGAGCCAGAGCAGAACCUGAGCUCCCAGCUCCAAGAGUAUUACAUGAGCUACAACCCUGCUGCCACGCCAGAGGCAUUGGAGGUGCUAGGAAAUGGCACUGGUUCCUGCACAUGCACAAUAUCUGGCUCCAGGGAGUGUGAGAACGAGUACAGGUGCCCACGCCCCCUACCCGGUGCCUGGCUGGGAGAUGUGCCUACCAUCCAUUAACCCCUAAAAGGAACUGCUUUGGAUGGUGCAGCAAACCACGAGCGUACAGGAGAGACAGAGAGAGAGAGAGAGAGAUACAGUAUACAGUGAAUCCAUCAAAAUCCUACUCCCACAUGUCACAUUCUAGGAUACAUUUAAAAUGGUCCUCCACGCUAACAAGGGCAACCACUGACCACGACAAAGAGGAGAUAAUGUUUUUUUUUUCUUCUUCAGAUUUUACAAUCUCUUAUUUUUUUGGCCUGUGGUCUUUGGUCAUCGGCUUUGCUGCAUUCCGUCAUGCUUCAUCACGACACGUUCAUCAUCCAGACACAGAUGGUUGUGGAAUUGCAGUCCCAUGUUGAAUAGCAGAGCCUUGGAAGUGCACCAGUGGAUGGUUAACACCAACAUGGGAGCUUAUUGUAUAGACUAUAAUAGCUUAUUGUCUCCAUGAGGACAGCGUGGCAUUGUUUUAAACACAGGGCGCGAGACUGUACACAUUCAAGAGGGUUUAAAAAAAAAAAGUGUAAACUGAGCAAUGAAUCACUGAUAAUGAAAAUGCACUCAACAGGUGGCUCUGGCCGCUCUGCUAACACAGCUGUGUAUAAUUUAAAGUGGGUUUCCAUGUUUUGAUGCCAUGUGAAGCAUCAUGUUAUCACAUUUCAAUACUUUUUAAGAAAGACUAAUCAAAGGCUAGUAUGGUGUUAAUGUGCCUCACUGGAGCAGAAACAUUCCGAAAGGGGUUUGUGUGCACCUGUCAGUAAGGAAUCAUCUGCUCUGUCAGGUGGAAAUCAAGGCAGCAGCUGGAACAUUGUUUGAACGCCGUGAAAAGCAAACUCCGCCAGCCAAUGACCUUUGGUGAUGUUUUUUUGUUUGUUUGCUUAUUAAUUUUUUAUUUUUUUUUAAGAACACUUUUUCUAAGUUGUUUCUAAUUGCAAUCAAAUCUCGACUCUCUAGUUUGAUUUGAAGGACCGUAAGGGCAAUCGGAAGCCAAAAGAGGGAAAAAAAGAAAAAGCUCCUAUAAGGGGGGAAAAUGUAAUUUUCUGAAAUUAUAAUGUUGUUAAUGUUGUACUUUAUGGAUAUGUGUUUCUGCCAUUUUCAACACCAAAUACCAAAGAGCCAAAUGGAGCAUUUUUGGCUCGCCCAACCAGGGGUUGUAACAGAUCCAGGAUUUGCUCCCCAAAAAAGAAAUCCGCGAAAAAUCAAAAGAAGCCUCAACUUCCCUCACAUCCAGCAGUGCUGCGUUGCCCAAUUGGCUUCUUCUUUUUAUUAUUAUUAUUAUUUUUUUUAUUUUAUUUUUUUUAUGUGUGUAAUGUGUACGUCUUUGUGAACAAAUGAUCUUGCAACGACAGUCUUCAUUGGUAAGAUCUUGUCUGAAAGACAACUUCGAGCACUGCUCACAUGUUAGGACUUCUGUUGAAUACGUGCUUCACAUUCUCCCCUUGAAGAGACUGCAGAUGUUGCUGUGUGCACUCCGCGUGUGCUUGUGUUUCAUACGUUAUGAGUUCUGAAUUAUAUUUGAGAUGCACUGAGUUGUGAAUUGUUUGUUUCAACCUUCAGACAUAAUCUUUCUACACCGGAAAAUGAUAAUUUUCUAUUGUAAAUUUCUGUCCCCCCUCUCCCACCCCUUGAAUUUGUUGAUAUUUAGUAUAAGCAGCUGUAUUCUUUAUUCACUUUCAACAGUAUGUUUUUUAAUGAAAAUAAUGACUUUAUUGGUGAGCAAUAUGGAUUCGUCAAAUUAAAAUAUUCAUUAAUCAUU